AUGAAAAUAGAAAAUAAUUUAGACGAACCGAUAAAUUUAAAGUUUUGCUAUGGAAUUAAUGAAUCAUUAGGUAGUGUGCAUAUUAUAAAAAAAAAAGAAAAAGAAAAAGAAAAAAUAAAUAUAAUAUACAGUUCAGAUAAUAACAUUGUUAUGCUUGAUGGAAAAAAACAAAUAUUAUUUAGAGGUCAUUUUAAUCAGAUAUCUCAAAUAAUUAGAAAUUACAACAAUGAGUUUCUUAUUUCUUGUGAUAAAGGAACCAACUCUUUUAUUCUUCUGUGGAGGAUAAGUAAUAACGAAUUAACUCCUAUAAAGAAGUUUUGUUUCAGUAGUUCAUCUUAUGAUAAAAAUAAAAAUGAUAUAAAUAAAGAUUUAAAUGAAGAUAAUAAAAAAGAAGUAUACAAGGAGAAUAUUAAUGAAAAUGAAAAUAAUAAUAUAGGAUAUGAAUGUGUAGAUAUAAGUUUUGAUAAUAGAUAUAUAUGUGCUUUAACAGAAGAGAAAACAUAUUUCAAAUCAAAUGAUAAAUUGCUGGAAGGAAAAUCAGGUAAAAAUAAUCUAAUUAAUAAUGUGCAUUUUCAAGAACUUAUUAUCUUUGAUGUUAGUGGUGGAGAGAACAAUGUUGUAUGCACUGAUAAAAUAUAUGGAAAAGAGAAACAAACUAAAAUUAGAUUUAAUAAAAAUUAUGAAAUAAUUUCUAAUAGUUCUUCAAAAUUAUAUAUUUAUAACUUUGAUAAAAAAAAUAGAACUAUAAGUCAUUAUAGUCCUUCCUUAUAUAAAAGUAGUAAAGUAUGUGAACAGUUCAUUUUCACGGAGACAUCAUUUAUAGAAAAUUCUACAGCGUUAUUAACGGGAACAACAAAUGGUUUUUUAAUUGUAUGGGAUUACAGUACUAUUUUUAUAAAUAAAACUAAAAAUAAUAUUAAGCAAAGAGAAUAUCAAAAAUCAUUAGAAAUUAGAAAAAAUAUAUCAAUUAAUAUUGUUUUAAGUUAUGGAAAUUUUGUUAUUAUAGGAUUAAGUGAUGGUAGUGUACAAAUUUUUGAUAAAGAACUGAAAUGCUAUGCAUGGUUUGAAAAUGAUAAAAUAGGUGCAAUAAGAUCUUUAUCUUUUGAAUUCUGUAAUUUUGAGAAAGACUUUUUUUUAUGGAAUUCUUUCAUUUUAUUUACUGAUAAAAAUAUAAUUAAGCAAAUUAAUCCACAUAGUUUUCGAAACAAAUUUUUGAACGAUAAAGAAAAAUACAUUAGUGAUAAUAAUUUAGAUAUAAAAAAUGAUAAAAGUUAUAAAAUGAAAUUAAAUAAUAAGAUAAAUGGAAAUAAUAAAAAAAAUCAUAACGGUAAUUCCUAUAGUGAUGAUAAAAUUUCAAAUGAAUUUCAUGAUAAUGAUAGAAUUCUUAAAAAAGAUAAUAUUGAUAUAAAUAAAAAAGAUGCUAUAGUAAAUAUAGAAUCAGAAUGUUUGGAUGAUAUUUAUAACAAUUACAAUGUAGAUAAUUAUGAAGAAAAUACUACAAAAAAUAAUAAAAAUGAAACAAUCCUUCAUUUUUAUAGUUCAUGUAUAAAUUGUAUAUGCAUAAAUCCUGUAAAUAAUGAAAAUAUUAUAUAUAUUGGAAAUAAGGAUGGGUUAAUUGAAAUUUUUGAUUUUGAUAAAAAUGAAAACAUUUCAAUGAUUGAUUUAAAAGGUAAGGAAAUAAUUACUAUGAUUUUUAGCAACAAUGGACAAAUAAUUUGCGUUGGUUGCAAAUGUGGGUCUAUUCAUUUGAUAAAUUCUAAUAGUUACGAAAUUUUUUUUAAUAGUAAGGAUAUGAAGUAUGAAAUAAAGUAUUUAUAUUUUAGUGAAGAUGAUAAAAUAUUGGUUUGUUCUUCCAACAAUGGAAAUAUAAUAAUUUAUAAAAAUGAUAACGAGAAUAUAUAUGAUUGGAAGUAUGCAUAUAAAAUUGUUAACAAUAACAAUAUCACACUUAAUGAUCUAAAUAUAGUGAAAGAAGUAGAUAAAUAUUAUACAUACAUAAUUAUAGCAAUAACAGAUAAUAGAUAUAUAAUUUUUCAUUAUUACGAUUUUCGACAUAACAGUGUUGUAAUUUCUUACCUCCUCAUUGAACAAAUUCACACACCUACUUGCUUGACUAGCAAUUUAUAUUUUUAUAAUAGACAGAUAUUAUGUAUUUGUAAUGAUGCAUCUAAAAUUCGAUUCUUUGAUUUGGAAAAUAAAAAAAUAAUUAAAACAGUUCAUUUACCAUUUAAAGAGAAAAAGGUACAAGCAUUUAUACCUCUAAUAAAUUGUAACAAUUAUCAAGAAAAUUUAAAAAACGAUGAUAAUAUGUAUAAAAAUAUAUUGAAUAAAAAAAUUAAAAAUAAUUUUGAUAAAAAAAAUAUAUUUUUAUUUGUUUUGAAUGAAAAAAUGAUUGUAUUUACUCAAAGCCCUAUAGAUGCAAAUUGCUUCAGGUAUAUAGGUGGAAUUGUAUGUAGCGGAAGUGUAAAAAAUGUUGUUGUAAAAAAUAAUAAAAUUUUUAUACAAAGUAAUAAUAAAAUAUUUUAUUAUAAUAUUAAUAUUGAAGUAUUAAAGAAAAAUAUAGAAAUCCAAAAUUAUACUUUAGAAACUUUUAUUGAUCAAAUAGGAGGAAGAAAAGGAAAAACAUAUAAUCAAAUUAUUGAUUCUUUUUAUUAUUGUGAAAUUCAAAAAAAAAAGUAUGAGGGAAAAAAAGAAAAACAUGAAAUAAAAAAAUUGCUAAAUAUUUUGUCUAUUGAAUAUAUUUUUGCUUCUAUCAAUGUUUUCUUAUCAAAAUUUGAGAUACAAAAUAUUAUACAAGAGUAUCACUUUUACUAUAAAUAUGUUCUACAAUUAUUAAAAGAACAAAAUGAUAUAACAAAUGAAAUAGUUUUUAUGGAAGAUAUAAAACUAGUAAAUUACAAAUCAGAAGAGGAUAUUCUUCUUCAAAAUAUAUUUUUUAUACAAUUAAAUGAAAAGAAAGAUAAAAAGGAAAAUUAUAAUAAAAAUUUCCAUAAAGAAAUAUUAAAUGAAUUUAAUAAAGAAGUAGAAAUGAAUUAUAUGGAUAAUGUAUUAAAAGAAAAAAAGAUAGAGAAAAAUGAAAUGAAUAAAAAUGAUUUAAAUAAUAAUAAAAACAUUAAAUUAGAAAAUGAAUUUGAAGAAAAAGAAAUAGAUUUUACUAAAGAAUGUGAAAAUAUAUACUUCAAUAUUAAUGCAUUUAUAUAUACAUAUUUUAACUUUGUGAUGGAAGAAGAAAUUAAUUUUGAGAAAUUACUAGUAGAAAUAAUAAAUUAUUACAAAAAGAAAAAAAAUCAAAAGAAUAUAACUUUCAGCGAUUUUUUCUAUAUAUUAAAAAAAUAUGGAGAAAUAAUGGAUCGAAAUGAGUUCAAAAGAAUUUUUCAAGUUUUUACAAAAAAAGAGGAAUUUUUUAAUGAUGAUGAUACACUAGAUUUUGAUACGUUAAAAUAUUUAUUUCAAUAG